CAAUGCAUGUCAGUUCCUGUAGAACAGACACGGGAACUAAAUUAACAAAAUCUUGUCAUGCUGUUGCAAAUGAAUCAUAGUUAUCAUUUUGGUAGAAAGUUUUAAAUUCGUGGAUGACAAGACGACGGGAUUACUGUGUUCGUUCUUCGGUGUGAGACUACCUACCGGAAGAGACAAGCCACUGACACCUAGGCUGUAUUGUGUGAGAGUCAUUGUCUAUACAGCUAGCAGAGUUACACGACAGAAGAAUGGAGUCAGAAGAACCCCAACCCAAAGUUGAAGCGGACCGUAGCUGGAGGGACAUGUGGGACACCUACCACCCCACCAUGGAGUCCAUGCGGGUGUACGUCAUGUCGCUAGGCCUGCUGGUCCUUGUGUGGCUGGUGGGGUACUGGGGCUUCAGCGUCACGUGGGUCAUGCUGGGGCUCUUCAUCUGGAUGUGGCGCGAGAAGAAGAUCAGGAAGAAGAACUACAAGAUCCAAACCGCGCGCGGCGUGGCUCAAAACGAGCAGUCCACCAUACUGUCCUGCGUACAAGAUCUGCCGUCAUGGGUUUACUUCCCAGAUGUGGAGAAAGCAGAGUGGCUCAACAAGAUUUUGGCUCAAGUCUGGCCGAACCUGGACCGCUAUGUGGAGGAGACACUGCGCCUGUCUGUGGAGCCGGCUGUCCAGCAGGCGAACGAGAUGCUGAAGUCUUUCCAGUUCAGUAAGAUCGACCUGGGGGAUGAGCCGCCGCGAGUAGCGGGUGUUCAAGUCUACACCGAGUAUGUCAAGAAGAACGAAAUCGUCAUGGACAUGGAUCUAAUGUACUCCGGAGACUGUGACAUAGAAAUUCGCAUCAAACGCUUCCUGGCCGGCGUCCAAGACCUACAGGUCCAGGGCACCGUCCGAGUGGUGAUGAAACCACUGAUGAGUCAGCACCCUCUGGUGGGAGGAAUCACCGUGUUCUUCCUCAACAGACCGGAGAUCAACUUCAAUCUGAGUAACAUUGGAGAGGUGCUGAAUUUUCCUGGUUUAAGCUCCUUGCUGAAGGGCGUGGUAGCUGACCAAGUCGCGGCCUUCAUGGUUCUACCGAACCGCUUUCCCAUUCCCCUGGUACCGGACCUGGACACCAGCCGGCUCAGGUACCCCAUGCCUAAGGGCGUUCUGCGUAUUCAACUGAAGGAGGCGAAACAACUCAUGUCAGCUGAUCCGGAUUUCUUCACUAAGAAGGGGAAAUCAGAUCCUUACUGUAUUCUGCAUGUUGGAGCUCAACUCUUUAAGAGUAAGACCAUUCAAAGGACUCUGGAGCCGAAGUGGAACCAGUAUUUUGAGGCUGUGGUGUACGAGGUAGAAGGACAGACCAUGCAGAUCAACGUAUUUGACGAGGAUCCCGGCGUUAAAGAUGACCCUCUUGGAAAUGCAACUGUGAGUGUCGGACAAGUCGCCAAGGAAGGAUUCACGGAUGUGUGGCUACCUCUGGAGGACGCUAAGAGUGGACAAGUGCGUUUGCGGAUGACAUGGCUUGGACUAAGCUCUCAACGGGAGGCUUUAGAAAAGAUGGAGCGAAUGAAGAGAGUGACUGACAUGGAUGACAUGUCGUCUGCUCUUCUCUUUGUGCGCGUGGACUCUGCAACUGGGCUACCGCCUAAGAAGAAGGUUGAAGACGUGAAUACCUACGUAGAACUGACGAUGGGGAAGCAGCACGAAAAGUCAUGGAUCCAAUGGGGCACGGACAAGCCAGUGUGGGGACAAGGGUUUACUUUCCUUUUAAAGGAUCCGCACUCCGAAGAACUACUGAUUGAGAUCAAAGAGGAGAGGUCCAAGAAGACAAUAGGGAAGAAAAUCGUUCCGGUUGCGACAGUGUUGGAGAAGAUGAAGUCCAGCGAUCCUGUCUUCCUCGAGGGUCCUAAAGGAGUCAAGAUCGAGAUGAAAAUGGAGCUGAUUCUCAGGAUUCUGUCCUCCGAUGUUAGCGAGGAGUCGCUGGAAGAGGAGGAGAUCCCCCUGACGCCGACCAUGACGACCCUUCCCUCCACCCCUGACGCCGGACCGUCCAGCCCCCUCAUGCUCCCCGAGAUACGGCUGGCCAGUAUCUCCGAGACGGAACUGUCCUCUACUCCCGACUCACCGGUCACACCAGUGCCCAAAGGAGAAGCUGGACAACUGCUGAUGACCAUCUACCACAGUCUGAACAGCAGCAAGGUGCUGGUCACUGUACACAAGGCCAGGAAUCUCCUUCCACCCAGAGGUUCAAAGGUCUGUGAUGCAUAUGUGCGCAUGCGUCUCUGUGUUGGUGACAAGAAGUCAGAGAUAAAGAAAACAAGCGCCGUCAAGGAGAACCUCAAUCCUGCCUGGGAUGAAACGCUAGGCUUUCCUGCAAGUCUCGCUGAGGCCAAGCAGGGUCGUCUUGAAGUGGCCGUGAAGCACAAGAGGUCCCUGCUGAAGAGUUUCCGUGGAGUCGACAGCUGGUAUCUUGGCGACGUGGAGGUGGACCUGUCCAAUGUGGAACAACUGGAAGUUAAAGGCCAGCCUCAAUGGUUUGAUCUGAAGAGAGAUGUUGGAGCAAGGCUGUCCAGGUAUGCCUCCUUCAUCAGCACAAGAUCAGGAGCAGAACAAUAAUGUCAACACCAUGGAUAAAUCAUGUAAACACCAUCCUUACAUGUUGCUAGAGACUGCUGGUGAUACAGUAGACUAAAGGCCCUGUCACAACUGUCAUAUGAUAGGCUGGUGGCAGCAAAUAAAUGGCAUUCUUGUUACAGUAGGGGAGGUGAUAUACAAAAUUCAGCUGUCUGCCACAGGAACGGUUGUCAUAUAUCCUUGACGACGGUCAGUUCUGUCAUAGCUUGGCUAGGAAUGCUACCAAAGAAAACAUGUGACUGCAGAUUUAAGCUGAUCAAGGCUAGCUAUCAGGGACAUACAUAACUGACCCUUUGAGUGAAAGUUUGACAAGGCUAUGACAAUAGUAAUCGGGUUACCAAAAUAUAAUCAAUAGCACCUUGUAAUAACCAGCUAUGCAAUAUGUAUUAUUAGAAGAGACUAUCAGGAUAAUUCUGUUGUGAAAGAAUAAGAAUCAGUGUUGCAUUGCAUAUUGUACGCAGAAGCACUGGCUAAAGCAUAACUGGUAUACUGUAUAAAAGUAUGUGAAUUUAGUGAUAGAUUUUAGACUUUUUAAAGCUACAUUUGUAGAGAAAUAUUUUUCCGGAAGACAGUACCCUAAUAGUGUCUUAAAAAACCCUGGUGGUAUUUUAAGCUGUUAAGUGUUUUCUGUAAAAUGCCAUGGCAAAUUCUUUUCACACUACUACAUGUUUAACAUAAUGGUGAAUAGAAGCAGGCAUGUUGCUUUAACAAUGUGCAAUAUGUAAGUUCAGUGCUUGCUUAUAUAUAAUGUGCCUUAAAACUAAAAUCACUUUAUCAAAGAGCAGACAAGAUUAAUUAAGCAAUAGAAGUACAC